GACUGUCUUUAUGUCAAUUUUAAAAUAAUCCAAUGUUGUGUUUUAAUUUUUUUCUAUUUAUUUUAUUAUUAAACUGGCUAUGAAUUUUUAAAAUGUCAAAUAUUGUGAAUAGUCAAGGUGCUAAAGCUGGUUGUAUUUACAGGAUUGCACUAGAAAACUUUGUCACAUACAAGCAAGUCGAAUUGUAUCCUGGAACAUCCUUAAAUGUAAUAAUCGGACCUAAUGGCACUGGCAAAUCAACCUUUGUUUGUGCCAUAAUUUUGGGACUUUGUGGCAAAACCAGUGUUAUUGGUAGAGCAAAAAAGAUCUCAGACUAUGUCAGAAGUGGUUGCCAGUCAGCCACCAUCGAGAUUGAACUGUACCAACAGCCAGGACAAAGGAAUGUUAUUAUCACCAGGAAUUUUAACCUAAAAGAUGUGUCAACAUGGUCUAUUGAUCACAAGUCUGUUAGAGAAAAACAAGUGCUUGAACUAAUAACAUCAAUGAAUAUUCAAGUUGACAACCUCUGCCAACUUUUGCCACAAGAUCGGGUCCAGGACUUCUCUAAAAUGGACCCCCAACAACUAUUACGUAGCACAUUGUCAGCUGUGGGAGGGCAAGAGAGUGUAUUGCAGCUUGAACAAUUAAUAGAGUGUAGGAACCAACAAAGGGGGCUCUCAACCAAGUUGCAGAAUAAUGCCCAGUUAUUGCAAGAGCAAAUAAGAUUGAAUGAAAGGCUUAAAGUGUUAAUAGAUGCUAUGCAGCAAAGGAAACAAAUAGAAAAACAAAUUGAGAUCUGUGAAAAGAAAAAACUUUGGUUAGAGUACAAAGAACUGAAAGACAAAGUCACAGAGUACAUAAAUGAUAAGAAAGAGGCAGUGAAACUUGUGAAUUCUCAUAAAAGUAAAAUGGAACCAUUGGAAAGAGUUAUAGAAGGAGCAAAGAAAGGAAUAAGUAAAUUGGAACAGCAGAAGUUAAGCUCUACUAGGGAAAUUCACACACUGAAAGACCGUGUAAAGGAAACUACUCGAGCUGUGACAGAACAUGAGUACAAGAUAAAGGAAAUAGAGUCAUCCUAUCAGGAGAAACUCGAUCGAUACAAAAAUAGGGAACGAGAACUAAUAGAAGCUAAAGCUAAACUGGAGAAGUUGAUCACUGAUCGGACCAAGCUUGUGGAGAAAGUUGGUGAUGAGAAUCAAGUGAAGAUGGAAUUAGCUGAGUUACAUAAACCGAUAAUGAAAACUAAUGCUGCCUUAGAUAAUCUUAAAAAACAAAAACUGGAGGUUCAAUAUGACUUGGAAAAUAACAUUACACCCCAAAUAAGAUUAUAUGAAAACAGAAUCCGUCAACUAGAAGAUAUAGAUGUGAAACGAUUGGAAGUACUUCGGUCGUACAGUGAGGAUUGUUACAAAGCUGUAAUGUGGUUUAGAGAAAACAAGGAUAUGUUUCAAGAACCCGUAUAUGAGCCUAUGAUGCUUGAGAUAAACUUCACAGACCCUAAGUUCGCACGAUAUCUAGAGUCUACAAUAGCAGCCCGCGAUCUGGUCGCGUUCACGUUCGAAUCUAGUCGCGACAUGAACGUGUUUAUGCAGAAGGUGCGCGUAGAAACGGGACUUAAACGUGUCAACGCCAUCUGCAGUCCGCCGGGGAGAAACAAUCCGCCCCGGAACGAUAUACAACAACUCAGUUACCUCGGUUUCUACGCUUACUUGAUCGACACUAUAUCUGCUCCGGACGCUAUAGUUCGUUACUUGUGCAAACAGUACAACAUACACAGGAUACCUAUAGGGAACGAACACACGUAUAAUAACAGCGGGAAAGUGCCAGCUAACAUCACAUACUUCUUUACAGAGAAUCAUCGAUUCACUGUUCGCGUGUCCGCGUACAGUGGCGCCAAAUCGAGCACCGUGAUAGAAAUACGUUCGGCAAGACUGUUGGCCAACACUAUUGACGUCGACCAAGUUAAUAACUAUAAUCAACAACUUUCAAGAUUUGAGCAAACAGCACAAUCGCAUCGGACUAAAAUACAAGAAUUCGAUAACAAACUUUCGACUUUGGAAGUAAGCCUCAAUGAACUGAACACUAGGAGAAAAAGGAUCAACGAAGGUGUAGAAAAGGUCCGCACUAUAUGUGCCCAAAUACGUUUGCAAAAUAAAAAAGUGCAAGAUAUUGAGAACGAACCGAGCUUCAAUAUAGAGCAAGAAAGAGCCAGAUGCAGAAGGAAACAGAAAGACUGUGUGUUGAAGCAAUGCAAGCUACAUCAGGAACUCAGUGAUAUAGUAAAGAGUUUGCAAGGGAAGAUAUUGAACGGGGAAAUGUGGAAGGUUAAAUUAGACUUCAGUCGCAACGCAAUAGUACAACAAGAAUCUCAAUUGCGCGAAUUGAAAAAUGAACUUCACAGUGUACAAGCAACUUUGGAGAACAUAGAAAAUUAUUUGAAUAGAGCCAAAACGAAUGCUAAAGAGAAACUAACGGAAGCGAAACGUUGUUGCGACAACAAACUACCACAAGAGCCGGGUUUUCCUUAUAAAGAAGAUUUUGAUGUGUUGCCGUGUGACAUAAACGCAUUGCAAGAACAUUGCUAUGAGCUGCAGACUAGAAUAGACUGUAUGGAUAAAGGUGAUGAACAGGUUAUCAAAGAAUACGAGGAAAGGGAGAAAAUGAUAACUAAACUGAAAAGAGACGUCACCAGUUCCAGUGAUACUAAUAAACAAUUAGAAAACAAAAUGAAAGAACUCAGUACGAAAUGGUUGCCGCCAUUAGAGCGAUUGUUGCGAGACAUCGAUAAAAGUUUUGGUGACAUGUUCGCGAAAUUAGGGUGCGCGGGAGAAAUCAAGCUGGACAAGGGCGGCAGUGACGAGGAUUAUGACAAGUACGGUGUUUCGAUAUUGGUCCGUUUCCGCGCGUCCGAACAAUUACAGCAGUUGACUAGACACGCCCAGUCCGGUGGUGAACGAGCCCUCUCCACCGCUCUCUAUCUGAUGGCGUUACAGAGACUGACCACUGUGCCCUUCAGAUGCGUCGAUGAGAUCAACCAAGGCAUGGAUCCCAUAAAUGAGAGGAAAAUGUUCCAGCUGUUGGUGAAAGUGACCACAGAAUGCGACAACGCCCAAUAUUUCUUAUUGACACCUAAGCUCCUAACAAACUUGGAAUACAAUGAAAAGAUAAUGGUACACACCAUAAUGAACGGUAAAAAUAUAAUAAACUAUAGGAAGUGGAAAUACGAUCAGUUCUUGGAGAAAGCACAUACAUAUAGGAUAUCACAGUGAUCCAGUGAAUUAUAUAAUAGGUUGGGGAAAAAGUUUCUACGUAUUUUAUAUGAAAAUUCUAAAUAUUUUUUAAUACAGAUUAUUUACAUUUAACCAAAGUAUGUAGGUUACAUUUUGUUCGAAAACUUUUGCCAUCUUGUAGGUAAUCUUAAAACAGGAUAUGAUCCCUUUGCUAUAGAAAUUUUGAGGCUUCUGAUCAAAAAACUGUGAC